UGCCACGUGACGUGCAUAACGGGUCAUAUGACUGACACUCUUAGGUAUUCCUCUCUGCUGUGAAGCUCACAAAUAAUCGAACAUGGCGGAUUUGGAGGAGCGGCAGAGAUUGUUGGGAGACGAGGACAGGGGCAGUGGACCCGGCAGGCCCAUGCUCGCCAUCUGCGACCCCAGCCGCUUACUGCACCGACUGGUUGUCCUUUUUUUUAUGUGCUUCCUGGGAUUUGGAAGCUACUUCUGUUACGAUAAUCCCGCUGCACUCCAAAGUCAAGUCAUCCAGGAUUUGCAUCUGACGACUGCAGACUUCAUGCAGUUGUACGCCUGGUACUCCUGGCCUAAUGUAGUCCUCUGCUUCUUUGGGGGAUUUCUGCUUGAUCGGGUCUUUGGUGUCAGGCUGGGAACAAUCAUCUUUUCCCUUUUUGUCUGUGCGGGACAGGUGGUCUUUGCUGCUGGAGCAUGGACAAAUCAAUUUUGGCUAAUGGAAGCUGGACGAUUUAUAUUUGGUAUUGGAGGAGAGUCUUUGGCAGUAGCCCAAAACACAUAUGCAGUGAACUGGUUCAAAGGCAAGGAGCUCAAUCUAGUAUUUGGCCUUCAGCUGAGCAUGGCUCGCGUGGGCAGCACGGUGAACAUGAACAUAAUGGGCUGGAUUUAUAACAGAGUUACAGAUGCUGUUGGCUCGCCUGGACACACCGUGCUGGGUGCAUCACUCUUGAUAGCUGCCAUAACGUGCGUGUUUUCCCUAGUCUGUGCCUUGGUUUUGGGAUUCCUUGACAAAAGAGCCGAGAGGAUCCUCAACAAGGAACAAGAAGGAACAGGCGAAGUGAUCAAGAUCACGGAUGUGAAGCAUUUCCCUGCAGCCCUGUGGCUUAUCUUCAUCGUUUGUGUAGGCUACUACGUGGCAGUUUUCCCCUUUAUUGGACUGGGACAGGUGUUCUUCAUUGAAAAAUUCAGCUUCUCCCCAGCUGAAGCCAGAGCUGUCAACAGUAUUGUGUACAUCAUAUCAGCCCCUGCAUCUCCAGUUUUGGGCUUCAUGGUUGAUAAGACGGGGAGGAACGUGUAUUGGGUAUUGCUUGCAGUGGCAGCAACACUUGCCGCUCACAUGAUGCUGGCCUUCACUUUCUGGAACCCAUGGAUCGCAAUGUCCCUGCUUGGCGUGUCAUACUCCUUAUUGGCCUGUGCACUUUGGCCCAUGGUGGCUUUUGUCGUGCCUGAACAUCAACUCGGGACAGCCUAUGGCUUUAUGCAGUCCAUUCAGAACCUGGGACUCGCUAUCAUUUCCAUAGCGGCAGGGGCGAUCCUCGACAGCAAAGGGUACCUGGUUCUGGAAGUGUUUUUUUGCGCUUGCAUUUGCGUUGGACUGAUAGCCGCAGUGUUGCUGUACUUCGUGGAUUACAUUAAAGGAGGAGAUUUGAACCUGUCAGCUGCAGCCAGAGCCAAACUCAGUAAAGAAGCCAGUUCAGAUGCAGAGUGAGUAGCUUUGACCUUCCACACACCGUCAGUGCUUUUCCACCCACUUGCGCAUCAAUUAGACAAGCAUCUCAGAAACAUAUUGAACACUUCUCUCAUGCAGUCAAGUGACAUAAACACAUUGUAGGUAGACUUCCAAUAUAGACACAACUAAUAGGUUUAACUACAAAUAAUAGUUAAUAAUGUAUAGAGGUUAUAAAACAUACCAAAAGUUUUGGUCGAUUAAACUUUAAUUUGUUCAGAGUGGUUGUUACAGAAAACAGGGUUAUGGACUUGCUAGGGGUAUAAUACAGUGUAUCAAUAAUGUUAUGUCUUCUUAUUAUCCACACUUAAAAUGCAAGAAACCUGUACAUAAUGUAUUUUGUAUGUAUUAUAUAUUAUACAUGUAUUACACAUAUAAUAAUUAUGCGGACAGACAGAGACUUCGUUGUUGGUUCUGCAACAAAGAGAAAUUUUAAAGGUAAAAAUUGUUUAUUAGGUUUUAGUUUAAAAGUUUCCAAUUCUGGAAUAUAGGAUAAAAUAUAGGAUUUUAUCUCAUCAGUUGAUAGGUGUUCCUUUUUUUUUCUUUACACACACACACACACACACAGGCAAACAUGUUUUGAAGCGAGUCUUUAACUUCAGGAAGUCAUUUUCUAUAUUAGCUGGCUGGGUUAUGUGCUUCGGCUUUCAUAUUUAUUUGUACUGACACGUGCAUGUUAGCUGUGGUUGGUUUAUUUUCCACUCGCAGCACUGAAUGAAACCAAUACUUCUACUUUCAGUUCACAGUUAGAAUUAGAAAGAACGAUGAAAGUCACACAUGUUUUCUGUACUCAUGUAUAACCUGACUAAUCUC